ACAGAAGGUCGUAUGGCUCUUAAUGCCAGUACAGGUUUCGGACUCUGCAUCGCGAGGCCAUUCGUCACAGGCUUUACCUCACUCAUCGUGAACACACGUAAUCAACUAGAAAUACGCACCUCUGCAAUUUACGCAUCGAAUAUACAGGGAGGCAAAUAGCGCAGAGGCUUUUAUCGGUUCUAAAAAUGGCUACUGGUAAGAAGUACUUAGUGGCCACCAUCCUCGCCACUGCGAUUGUUUCGAUAACGAUCUCAACCACAACUGCACAAGAAAACUAUAAUUAUUAUUCUGAGAAGCCAGGCUCGUGUCCGCCCGCACUUCCGGUACAAAUAUGUAGCAGAGGCUGUUACGUAGACGCGCAUUGCCAAGGGAUAGGAAAAUGUUGCGCCACCACCUGCGGCGGCACAGUUUGCUCCAGGCCCGUAACGAUGCGAGCCCGUCCAGCUGAAAAACCCGGAUUUUGCCCAUCGAUUCCAACUGGAAGAUGGGUCUGCACUCCUACUUGUUCCUCCGAUGCCGACUGUCCAGGAGCUCGAAAAUGCUGCAGGAACCGAUGUGGAGCAAUGGCUUGCCAGAAACCGGAAGAAUCAGCGCCGGUACCAGCGGAAGUACCUGUUAAUGCUAACCCGUACCUUGUAUACAUGCCGAAGUGAAUGUGAAUGCAGCCAAGCUGCAACCAACCAAUCAAGUUUAAGUGGAGUAUUAACAACAGGAUUGUAAAAAAUUUUUAUACAACAUAUUUUUAUCGACACCUUAUACUUUAAUCCCGGUUUUAAAAAAAAUUUCACAAAUACGUAUAUUCACCUGCGUCAAAAUGUGUUGCAUGAUAGAAUACUUAUUGCUAAUAUCGAGGUUUCUUCGAGUUUAUCUCCGAAUUUAACCCUUUCGCCUGCAAUAUCGUAUGUCGAUCAGGUCAAACGUGAGAAUCACGAGUGAAAACCAUGGUAUUUCAACGUGCAAUCGACUUAGCUAUUCAUUAUCGGUAUGCGCUGUCGGCAGUUAAAUCUCAGGCCAAGGUAUACUUACGCAGGUACGAACGCAUUUAUAUCCUAGUCAUUUUUAAUUUAUCGUGUACACUCACUGCGAGUGUAGUUGCGUGUGUGGAUUUAUAUGAUAAACGAAUGAAUCAAUUUCUGUAACUUAAGUGACGCAAUGUAAUAGAUUCAGAUAUACUUUUUCCAAUACCUGCUCCAGAAGUUAGAUAUUUCCAAAGCCUGUGGAAUGUGGGUAUACUGCUCUGUUUCCGAACAGUGAGGUCAAACAAGGUUGGCGCAUGCGCACAACUUAAGUGCUAUAUUUUACACACUGAGGCAGUGGUCGCCUAACUUUUAAGCCACCAAGCAAUCAUAAUAUUCGUAAAUCUUACUGUGAGUUACCAAACGAAAUCAGGACAAAACAAAUUUUUUCUUUCUAUACCACACAUUUAUUUAUUACCUAUAAACAUACAUUUCUAGUAUAUAUUACAUCCAAUUGAAUAAAAUUGAUUAUAUUGUAAAGAA